AUGUGGUCGAGGAUCAACAAAAACCGCGAUCAUGCUCGCCAUAUUGGCGGGCAUGCAUCUGUCGAAAGCCCAAAAGGUCAGCCUGUGCUGCAGACAACAUCUGGCAAUCCUCUCCCGUCUCGGAGCAUGUUGAAAGACUUGCCAGCUCUGCCGAGAGAAUCUACGCAGUCUCCCAGCAAUGAUCGCGUGACUUCUUCUAUUUACUCGCGCGACGAUAGCGGGGUGCGAUUCACGGAUGGGAACAUGCCUAUUUCACCAACACGCGACUACGCAGAGUACUCCAGAUAUGCAGAACAACAGCAGGAGCCUGAAAUAUCUCCUCCUGACACUCCUGUUGAUCUGCCCAGCGCACAGGCUCACUCAGACGUCUCACCCAUCGAUGACGACAAACAUUUCUUCCCUGAAAUGCCCAAACAUAGAGCAAGUCAAUUGCCAGUUCCUCGCAGAAACAUCACCAAUGAUAUACCUGUAAACGUUGCAGAUCAAUCAUCCAGUCUUCAAGCCAAGCGAACCAAUACUGAAGGUUUCGAAGGCCCAUCAAACAAGCCUACCACAUCGCGAAAUACUACAUCUCCAAAACCACGAAGUGCAAGCCCGCCAGUCGGGAUUGCCGACGCUCGAAGCAAAGAAGCUACCCGUCUAUUCAGUGCCGGAAAAGAAAAGCUGCAAAUGUUUACCAAAACGCGUGAACACAAACAGCGCGAUGCCAAACAACCUCGUGAGCAAUGGAAAGGUGCUAGUGGGCGCUUCGCUCUUGUCCCACCAAUUGAUACGAAAAGUACCGUGAAACACGGCAAAAAGCAUGUACAUGCGCAACGUGUCACAGAGGACCCAACGCGCGAAUAUUUGAACUCCAGCUCUGAUACUUACACGAUCACGACUAUUACCGCUGGCCCUCCACCAGAAGAAAAGCUUCGAAGCAAAACGAGUCAGUUCAGAUUGCGAUCUAGGAAUGCGUCACCAGAUAAGAAGGAUUCGCCAAAAGAACCAGAACGAAAAGUCGAAUCGACUGUGAGCCGCAAGGCCAGUCCCGUAAUCGAUGUUCCUGGCAUCGAUCCGGCUACUCCUCACGAUGUACGCCAAUUCUCUGGAAGUAGAGCAAACACACCUACGCUCGACGCACCAAACGAGUCCAAUAUCUCCGACAUGUUCCACGAUCUGAGUCUUCCUCAAGAGCCGAGAAGCCGUUUCAGUGCUUCGACGUAUGCGCCCACUGAGGCUGCGACUACGCCUCCAGGCAGCAGUCACGCCGACGUCCCACCUAUGCCUUCUUUGGAAUACUCGCCUAUUAUGACGAGAAGACGACCCAUUCCAAGUUCUGCAGCAUCCAUCAUAAGCAUGAAACGGAAGCCUGUUUCUGCUGAUACACCAGAAGUUGACAUCAAGAACUUGUCUCCUGAAGAGCAAGCGCAACGCCGCGUUGACAGUUUGGAAGGUCGGCGUAGACAGCUUUCAUUGCGCAAAGAGAGUAUCAAGACAAUGCUUCAUGAGCUGACUGAGGUCAUUCAGCCUAGUUCAGUCGCAUACGACAUGGCCACUCGCGACGAAGUCAAGAAGACUGUCAGCUCUUUGAAAAGUGAACUUGACGAUAUAGGAAAGGAGGAUCACGAGAUUGGCCUAAAGCUUGUACGGCUCUAUAAGAAUCUGAACAAUGUGUCUGAGUUCGAGCAGAGCAGUUUGUGGGUCAAGCGGAUCACCAGUUGA